AUGAAACUAGCUUACUUUGGUAAAAUUUUAACAUCUAAUGAUUUGCAAGAAAAAAUAAUUUCUGCAACAUUUUUAGCUGAAGAUGAUGAUGAAAUGAUUGAAGAUUCUGAAAUAGAGGAAGUCGAGUAUGAUUUAAAUAUUAUUGAAUGUUUUGAUAUUGAAAAUAUUGAUUAUGAAAAUAAAAAAGAUAAUAGUGAUAGUUUAAGUAGUGUAGAUAAAGUAGGCGAAGAUAGUGAAAAUUUAAAUAAUAUGGAGGGUGAAUAUAGUGUAUCAGAAAAUUUACCUAUAGCACUUCGAAAAACAG